AUGAAAAAUGUUUCAUUGGUAAUAUUUCUAUUUAUUUUAUUAAUUUUAUUCGGUAUCUUACUUUUAAUAUUUAUCUGGAUAGUUAUUAUAAGGUAUUGGGAUAAAAUUUUAUACUUUAAUAGUCAACAUUCAUUCAUAAUGACAAUUAUUUCAAUCAAUAAGGAUACUUUUAUUAAAAAUUGUAAUAAUGAAAAUAUAGAAGAAUUUCAAUUGAAUCAAGUUUAUACAAGACAAGGUAGUUUAGAAUAUAAUUUAAAUUAUUGUACAAAAUUACAUACAUUGACUAUAGGAAUUAUUCGUGCUAAAAAUUUACAAUAUCCAUUAGAAUUAAUUCAAUACAAUACAUGUGUUACAGUUACUUUAGCUAUUUGGGAUCAUACUUAUUGGAUUUUAUUAGAUCAUCAAGAAAAGAAAAAAACAUUAUAUAUUAAUAAAAUAAAUCCAGAAUGGAAUGAAUACUUUAAUUUUAAAUUAUUAAAAUCACAAUUAUUAAAAACUAAUUUAAUAAUUGAAGUAUUUACAUGUGAUACAAUUGGUCAACAUAAAUGUAUUGGACGUUUAGAUAUUUUACUCAAAAAUAUUAAUAUCAACUUAUUCAUAAAUAAAACAUAUACUCUAUGUAAUAUGUUAAAGGUAUAUACAAUUAAUUUUUCAGAUCUAGGUGAAAUAUGCAUUGGAUUACAAUAUCAACAUUUACAAUAUCUAUUAAUACGUUUAAUUGAAAUGCAUAAUUUUAAUUUGAAUAAAAUCAAUAAAAAUGGAAUUGAUGUAAUUGUCUAUGUGAUAAUCUAUGGAAAAAUUAUUAAAAGUGAAAUUAUUUCAUCAUAUAAAGAUGGAAAUAAUCAAUAUUUUGAUCAUACUAUUAUUGUAAAUUUAAAAAAACAUGAUAAUUUACAAGAUAUACAAAUUUAUUUCCAAUUACGUCAUUUGAAUCAAUAUGGAGUAAAACAGGUACUUGGAGAAAUUAGUAUUGGUUCUAAAUCUUUACAGGAUAUAGGAAUUAAACAUUGGUUAGAGUUAUGCAAAAAUCCAUUAGAUAUGAAUAUAAUGUGGCAUAUUUGGAACCCUGUAUCAUAAUUCACUUUUCAUUUUUUUAUGAAUUUUUUUUCUAUUCAGAAAUUGAUGAUACCAGUUGCCAAACACUUUGAAGUACUGAUGAAAAAAAAAACUAUCUUAUAAUCAUUACUAUUUAUUGAUU